AUGGCAACUGGAAGUGUGAAAUCUGCUCUUCAGCCAUCUAGCCUGGCGUCGAGGGAUACUAAAGCAGCCAUCAACUUAACGUCACCAGUCCCAGUCCCGGGCACGCAGCUCAUUAUAGAAAUUUUGUCUCUACCAGAGGCUAAGCCACAGCGUACUGCAAACAUAGCCUCGAAAGCCAUAGAUGCAUUGAGCGAGGAAGUCACUCGCACAAGACUAGCGAGCUCCUUUGAAUUCGACAUCCAGACGAACUCCGGCAUCCUCGUGGCGAUUGGGGUUGUCGACUCUGGCAUUCAAGCACAGGCCAUUGCACCUACCGUCGCCACAAGGGACAUGACAGCUUCCAACAACUUGACAGCUCAAUUGCCUUCGUUCCCAGUACCGGGGACAUCGCUCCACCUCGAAGUCGACUUCGCGAUGCAGCAUUCCAAAGCGCCGACUCCCAAAAUCGCCGAGCUGAUCGCCCACUUCAUCGCCGAUCUUGACGAGUGGGGACGAGCGGAGAUGAAACUCCCAGAGGGCAUAAUCGAAGGUGACUUUGAAUUGCGGAUUAGACCCAACCCAGGCCCACUCGGAUUCCCUGACGCCUCGAAGAUCAUGGCCGAAUUAAGGCGGAUAGUACUAGAUACACCCAUCAAAAUCACAUUCCACUUCAAUGUUUACAACGCCGCUGGCGAACCCGUAGCGACCGGCAACCUCGCCGUUAACGAGGGGGCUAGCGGAAAGCAGGUUGCGAACGUCAUGACAUCGAGAGAUACGGAGCCAGGCCAGGAACUUGCAGCUCCGAAGUCCGACAUGAUCACCGCCCGUGAUACCGCGCCUCCGCCAGGACUUGCAGCAGGCAACAUCUCCACCCCCGUCCCCGUCCCCGGCAACUCCCUCAACGUCGCCGUCACGAUCCCCCCCGACGCAGAACCGCUGGACCCCACACGCAUGAGCCAGCUCCUCGGCGGGCUAAUCGCGCACCUCACCCACCUCGCCCAGUCCGGCACGCAGGACAUGACGGCGCCCGAAAUCUGGGUCAAAGGGGAUAUCCAGCCGAUUUGGUUUAAUGAGGCGAUGGGUGUGAUGCAGGUUGUUAAGGGCAUGGUGGAUCAGGGGGUCGUGAGGAUGAAUUUUGAGUUUGUGGUGAAUAUUGAGGGGUUUGCGGAUGUGGUGGCGAAGGGGGAGUUGGAUGUUGGACGGGGGGGAGGAGGUGAUGGUGGGGGGGUGGGUCUGGUAGCAGGGACGGAAUCGAGCGGUGCUGUUGUUCCUGUUGCUACUACCCCACUCGCUGAGGAAGGCGUGGCAAUGAGGGAGGUGUGGACUGUGGUGGGGAAGAAAUUGGGAGUGCCGGUUGAGAGCAAGUCGAUGGAGGACGCUACGGAGGCAAUGGGGUUUUGGGCAAAUAUAAUUGCUUUGGACAACGCAACAUCCAGUGAGAAGACGCAGAAGGAGCUGGGCUGGCAUCUGAAGCAGCUCGAGCAGUUGGCAGAUCUAGAAGAGAAUUAUUUCAAGUAG